UUAAAGGGAUGUUGAAUUCCUCGGCAUUCCGAGUUUCUUUGCUUAUGGCUUCUCAGCACAAGUUUCGCAUCCAUGAAGUUGCAGAUACGACGCUGCAGAAAAUCGCAGUGAAAAGAGCAAGGACAAUGAGCACGGACUCCUCCAUCAAAGACCAUUUUUCCAUAUACGUGGACUACCUUAAUCAGCUUAAUGAAAAACGGGAGAGAGUGGUAAAAGCAAGUCGUGAUAUCACCAUUAACAGUAAAAAAGUCAUAUUUCAGGUGCACAGACUCAGUAAAACCAACAGAGAGGAAGUUCUUGAUAAGGCAGAAAAGGAUUUAGCAGUAGUGAGAGAUCGAUAUGUUUCUCAACUGGCAAAAGAACUACAAGGGACCGAUUUUUGGAAGCUGAGACGAGCAUACUCUCCUGGGGUGCAAGAAUACAUUGAGGCUGCAACAUUUUACGAAUUCUGCAGAACUGGGACCCUUUUGAAACUUGAUGAGAUAAAUGCUACAUUAUUACCACUCAGCAAUCCAUCAAUUGAACCAUUGCAAAUCAAUGUUCUUGACUAUAUCUUGGGAGUUGCAGACUUAACAGGAGAGUUGAUGCGGUUGGCAAUAGGCCGAAUAUCAGAUGGAGAACUUGAAUAUGCUCAGAAGAUCUGUCAUUUUGUUCGUGAUAUUUACAGGGAGCUGACCCUUAUUGUCCCACGCAUGGAUGAUAGUUAUGAUAUGAAAACAAAAAUGGACACAAUGCUCCAAAGUGUGGUCAAAAUAGAGAAUGCUUGCUUCAGCGUUCAUGUGAGAGGAUCAGAGUAUAUUCCG